AUGGCACUCACUUCUAACCGGCCGCACGCUCGCACGACGGCGCUGAACUUUGAAACGGGCGUGCAGCCGCCGCCGCCGCCCUGCCGUGUCACAGACACCGAUCCGCGCCCCGACUGGCUACAACUCGUCCUCUCUUGCCACCAGCCACUCCACGGAUCGAAUCCCGCCAAUGCCGCUGACUCCACAAACACAGAAAUAAACUGGGCCACCGCCGAAUUGGCCGUGUUCCUGCAUCCAGUGACAGCCGAGAACGCUACCUUCCUCGGACUCAAGACCGAACCCGUCUUCUUCGCAGCCGGGCCAAUCUAUAUCCCGCAGCACGCAACACUCUUCUUUCAAACUCACAAUAAACGAGUCCUCGAACCCGCAAGACUCAAGCUCCAACUCGCCCCGGACGAGGCCCGACCACUCGCCCUCGACCGCACCCCCAACCGGGUAGCCGGCCUCCGUCUCCGCAGACCCGCCUGGGCCAGCUCUCCCUCCUGGAUCACCACGCCCUCUUGGGCCACCGCCCCUGACCCCGCGGGUGGGCUUGACCUGGGUCGCCCGGAACUGAGUCGCUCGACUCACCUUCGUCACCCGGACCCCGACCACCUGGCUUCCUCAAAUCUCGACCACCCUCCCCGCCCAGAACCCGACCACUCCGAUCUGGAGGCGGACCCAACACCCAACGUGCAGUUUGCGCUGGAAGUGCAAGACUACGCCCCAUCACCCGCCGUGGCGGCUGUGGAGAUGGGGGGCGAGUUGCUGGUAUUCCAGCCGUGCAGUGCGCCUGCGGUGACAGGUGUUUCUUUUGAUGGCGAACGGGUGGUGGCUCGGGGUGUCCGACGCUCAGGUGCGCGUUGUUUCUUCGCAGCUACAUUGCCAGGGGGCCGCGCGCCUGGUGAGGCGGACGUGUUGGCGGCCGGAGAAGCAUUGCAGUCGCGAAUCGUUAAGCGUUUUGCGCCCUACAACGCGCACGUGCCGCGCGUCGUCGCACAAAUCGCACACGUGCGUGUUGCCGACUAUCCCAACCUACGCUGGGCCAUCCCCGUUGACCAGGACCAGCUGCCCCUCCUCCCGCCCUCCCGGGCCCGUGUCGGACGCGGCAUCGUCGUCCGCGACUUCGACAGGACGGAAUACGAGCCGGAAGACCACGACCACGACUACCCGGACCUAGGCCUAGACCAAAACCUAGACUACCAUCUAGAGAGCGACCGAAUGGGCCUGGGGGAUGACCAGCUCGGUCAGGAACGGAAUUACUUCUUGGUUGAUGCGCAAGAGGAAGUCCACUUUUGUCGCGGCGUGGGGACGAGCAGUCUGGCUCCUUACGCGGACCUGGCGGCGGAUGCAACUGCGCCGUCGCCGGAGGGCCCGGAGGCUGCACUGGCAGCGUACUUAACCCGACGACUAGCGGGCAGUUGCGAAGAUGUGCGACAGGGACUGGUGGCGCUGCUCACGCGCGAGCGCGGUGUCGGGUAUCUGGCGCACGUGGAGCCGGAGCCGACGCGAUGGCUGGGCCAUCUCGGUCUGGGACUGCCCGCAGCCGCCCACACGCGUCUGCAGGAGUGUCUGCCGCGUCUGGCUGUGCACCAGUCGAACGAGGAGUCGAGCGAUUCGAAGGGGGACUUGGAUUCGAACGCGGGACUGGCGGGUUCCGAGUCAGUGGUGGGAACCGAAUCGACUACUGGCGCCGAGCUGACAGCGACGGUAUGGCUGCACAACCGGCAGGAGCGGUACUGGGUGGAGGAGCGGCGUUGUCAGCUGGACGCCGUGGAUUUGGGGUUGGCUCGGCGCGCGUUCUAUCUCGCGGUUUUGCGGGACCCGGUUUUCGAGCCGCGCGAACUUGUGCGGUGGCUGUCGCUGUUGAACCUGCCCGCGUGUCUGCGCCGUCUCGCUCUAGUUCGUGCGCCCGCCGGGGGUUGGACCUGGGCUACUUGGGACGCCUGGCUCGAGAACACACGCCUGGCCGACUUCGACCGGAGAUCGGACUCCGGACCGGACACACCCGCGUUCGAAUCCGAUCCAGGGAGCGACGAGCCAACUGCUGUACUCUGUGGGCGGCACAUCGAACGCCUCCACUACCUUGGCCAACCUACUCACGCCGUGCGCCUCCGAGUCCGCAGCCACUCACGUGUGCAACUUGUCGACUGCUCCCUUGACCUCUUCCUGCCCCUCACCUCCCUCGGCCCCCUUGAACCCGUCUCGGAUGAGCCGGAAGUCCGGCUCUUAGACAACUCUGGACUUACGGACGACUCCGAACUUAUGGACGACUCCGAACUUAGGGACGACUCCGGCCUGCUCGCGGGUGACCCGGCCGCGGAAUGGAACGUGGGCACGUUGUACGAUCCCUGGCGUCGCGGCUACGUGCUGCAGGCCGAGCUCUCACCCGCGCUCUGGUCGCUCCUCGCACUGCCGCCGGCCGCGACAGCCUCCACCGCCCUCGCCAACAGCCGCGCCUUCCACACCGUCAAGGACCUGCGUCUUCGCUCACAUGAGCUCCGUCUCAUCCGUCUAGACCCCGACCAAACCGACCUCGAGACUGGCGAGACAGAGACCACCGGAACUCAAACCACGACCACCCCAGUCGCGACCAUCCCCGUCGCGACCACCUUAGCCACCACCACGACCACUUCCACUGUGGCCGCGCGGCGGUUGUUGGAGCAAUCCCCGAACGGCGCCACGUUGUAUGCCGUACGUCGUGGCGGGUCAGGUGGUUUGGUUGUGGCAACGCGGCGCGCGACAGGCGACUGCAGUUCAUUCGUGCACUCUCCGCUCACGGUGGCGGCGGAAGCGUGUGUGGCACUGCCCCACGCGCUGCUCUUCCCGCGGGAUCUAGGCCGGGGUUCGGCACUGAUCACACGCACGGGCGAGCUGGUCCCCAUCCACCAGUCACCGGGCCCAGUCCCGGUGACGAUAUCCGCCGACCGCAACCCUCCCUCCCCGGAAGAAACGUUGUUUUCGAGAUCGUUGGGACUGCCGGUGUGUUUCCCGGCUGUGGCAUCACUGUGGACGAACGCGUUGACGGGUCCUAUAUGUCUUACACAUCUGGGACACGCGGCGGCGCACACGGUGCUCUGUUGCGAGGCGGCGUCGCGGCCGCCGGGCGCGUUGUUGCCACCAGCGCCGGCGCUGGCACACGCGGCGGUGGCGGCGCCCGCGGGGCCGAGUGCGCAGCCUGCGCUCUAUCUCUUCCCCGCGGCGCGCGGUCGUGGGGCGUUGGCGCUCUCGAGACCCGAGCCGCGACUUGUGCGCCUCACCUUCCACGGCGCGCGUCCGCACUCGGAACCCGCAACCCGCGCGUUCGACGCCCUCGGCCGCCCACUCGCCCUUUCCACCCUACGUCCGGUUGAAGAAUCCUGCUCCGUCGUCGGCGCCACCACCCUCCAGGCCACCACCGACGGAGACGUCGCUCUCCUCGAAUACAAUGGCCUCAAAAUGCGCUGGACUGACGUUCUAAACACGUCCGCCAUCUUAGCGUCAUCUUGGUCCUCCUCCUGGACCGACAACACCCUUCUCUGGACCCCCGCCCUACAGAGGCCCGCCCCAUCCGGUCCCGCCCCAUCCGGUCCCGCCCUACAAGGUCCCUCGGGACUCCGGUUCGGGACCCACGGCAAUGUGUGUGGGUUCGAAUCUUGCGUGGCGCAGUUAUGGUGUCCCGUCUGCGAAGUCGACCUCAGCACUGCCCUCGCCGCCACCCGCACACGUCUGGCAACCCCCGCCGAUCUGGAUCGCUGGUUUUGCGCCACCCGCACGUACCCAAACCCAACCUUCCAAUCCAGUCCUGACCCACUGGGCCAGGCCCCACGGGCCGGCCAGGACCCACGGACCGGCCAGGACCCACGGACCGGCCAGGACAUACGGAGCUACGACCAGGACCUCAAGAUGUUGCUCCAGAGCCCGGUCGUGCUCUCCUGCGGUACGGAGCCGGAGACACUCGCGUUCCGGCUGCUGCAGGAUUUCCUCGGUCUCCGGCCCGACGGCACGUUCCGGUCGGUGCAGGGCCUUGCCAAUUACCUCGCCCUGCUCGCCGCGACCUCCGACAAGCCUGGUUCUGACAAAACCACUUCCGUCAAACCUGGCGCUUCCGUUCAACCUAGCGGGUCGCAGUUCGUAGCAAAGUUGAUGCGGCACAUGCCGCGGUUGAGUGACUACGACGAGGCGGCGGAGCUGGCGGUGAUUCUUCAAAAGUUCGAGACCGAUGCGGUUUCGUUGGAAGGUCCCGGUUGGACGUUCGCCGCCGGCGUGUUGCACUGGACCUCACCGCCCACCAGUCGUGCGGAACUCCGCGCGGCUGUGCGCUCCACACACCCUACGGAGGUUAAUACCGCUUUCUUGUUCGGACCUGUUUGGGCCGACCUGGCUUCCGUUCCAGGGCUACUAGGCCCCGCUUCGAAUGCCGUCUCCGGUUCGAAUGCCGUCUCCGGUUCGAAUGCCGUCUCCGGUUCGAAUGCCGUCUCGGGUUCGAAUGCUGUCUCGGGUUCGGGUGCCGCGGUUACUGUGCCUGAGUGGGUGUUGCAGUUGCACAGCGACGUCGGGGGUGUGGCAAUAAACCCCGCGUCGGCGUAUGUCCGGCCAGUGUAUCACACGUCUGCGGGGUGGGCGUUCGGUGGUCCGGGUUCGGCGGCACUGUACUACGACCUGUACGCGAUUUUGAGCGAGUUAUAUCCAGGUCGUUAUCCGAGUCGUGAGCGGUUGGCGCAGUCUGGUGCACUGGGGCCGGUGACGUUGUUGGUUUUGAUUGCGGGUGGUCUUUGGUUACAGGAACACCGUGCGCAUAAGGCCUUGGCCCAGGUCUGGGCCGAGGAAGACGACGACGAACCACCCUUUGGUGUAGAACCAAGUACGUCAAUAGAGUCUGAACCGGUGGUGGUGCAUCCGGUGAAAUGGAGUGCGGAAUCGUCAAUGCGGGAUGCGCUACAGCCACGACGACGGACGCUGUUGGUGAGACUAGGUCAGUGGUUGACCCCACGGGCAGCCGUGUGGCGAUUGGCCACGACUGUGGAAAGAAAGUUGUGGGUAUUUGCCGACCCGGAAGAGGAAGAUUAUUAUGAAUACCUUUGUUUCGAGCAGGGUGCCGAUUGGACACAGCUUCCUUCGAAUUUGGUGGCAACGCUGCGGGCGGAUCAGACUCCGUUAUGCCAUGGCGCGCAACUCCUCGCACUCGAACGCGAUGCACGCACUGUGCGUCGCACACUAUUACGCACACUCGCACAUUCGAGCGCACCCGACCGCCGCGACCAACUCGCCCUACAACUGCAUAUCCACGCUCAGGCCUUCCGCAGAGCCACCAGUCUCCGCGUCAGCAAACUCCUCCUCCAGGCUCUCUCACACACACAUGUGUCCUUUCACCACACAGAAGGCGUGCCGCGCACCCACGCUGGUGGGCCGCACAUCCGCACUGGUGUGGGUGUGAUGUACAAGAGAAAGGAGAAGGAGUGGGCCCGGGUGUCGACGGCGGCCAGUUCGACAGUAGGGCGCGGGUUUACUGCAGGCGAAGCACCGUGGGACGUGUUGCCGUUAGCACACGUGAAGCUAGGCGUGCGUCGUGAAGGCGAAGAAGAGGUGCGCAGUUGCGUGGCCUGGCUCGGGCCAGACCAGACCGAGUUGCUGGCCGUUCCCGAAAGCGAGCUGGUAAAAUUGGCUGACCCUCUGGCACCACUAGGACCCGACACUGCCGGACUGUGGCUUGCCGCCCUCGACGGCUUCUUCUCACUACCCGUCGUCUCCAUUCAGACGCAGAUGAUGACCUACGCCGCCGGUGACACCAAUUGUCUUCGCAUCGCCACCGACCUCUCCACCUACCUACCUGCUUUGUCAACGACCACCACUGACCAAGUGGUGUACGUAUACGCUUCGGGAGAGGACCUGCUGCAACUCGAAUCCUGGCUACACCGUACGCACGAAACGACAAUCAUGAAACUUGCCGACGCCCUCGACCUCGCCGUCCCAACAGCUGGCGAUCUUACCGGCAACCUGGCGGCCUCCCAUCUAGGGGGGCCGGCUCCCGACCCGGGCUACACGUCGGCGGUGGCGGAGUUGUUAGCGAACCCGAUCGGCGCGUUGUGUCGACUCGCCGUCCCGGCGGACGAACCCACGUGUUUUGGUCCUGUGCCGUUCCACGCCUGCCCAGCGCUCGUCGACGAGCAGGCGCUGACCAACGUCUGGCUCGCGCCCGAUGGACUCCGUCUGCAGGUGCACAAAGGCGCCGCUGAGUCCGACCUCGACCCGCGCACCACCGACGUUACGCCAGUCAACCUCAGCUGCACCCGCGACCUCGAUCUCACAGCCGUCCGUCCCGGCUGCUUCCACCCCGAUUCGAACCCACGACCAGAGUUCACGCGACCACCAGAGUUCACACGACCACCAGAGUUCACACGACCGCCAGAGUUCGCACGACCGCCAGAGUUCGCACGCUCAGAGUUCGCGCUGCCGCCAGAACUCCACCCGGCGUUCACCACCCAGCCUUGCAUGUCUGGACAGAGCUUCGGCUGCCCGCCACGACCGCCCGGCUCUGACGUAUUCGCCCACGGCGACGUCUUCACCGGCCCCAGUUACGACGACCGGCUCGGGGGUUACGACCGAUGCGAGGGCGAGAGCUACGACGGAUGCGGUCCCCGUUACGGUCCCGGUUACGACGACGGGGAUGUGGCGGGUCCGGUAGGCGGCUUGUUUGACUUUCUGCCUCUGCCGGACCCGACGGAGUUGCACUGUGGGGGAUGGUCACCAGGAGCGGGCGAGCACUGGACGCCGCUGCCGUUCGCGGCCGUGGCGGGGGUGGACUUGGUCGCGGCCCCCGAGCCUCCGGCGACGGCCGAUGCGUUGCGUCGUCUGUACUGCCACGCACUCGAACUAAGGCUUUAUUCCGGCGAGCGUUUGCUCCUUGCCUUCGGCAGCAGCCUUCUUGCUCGCCAGGCCUACCUGACCCUCGCGGACCGCGUCCAGGCCGAAGGACGGACGGAAGGGCACGACUGGAACCGAGUUGGGUUAUCAGAUACCCGAGUGGGGUCGUCACCGUUACCGAACGCGGAGUUGAAGGUGAACCGGCACGAGAUGUUAACGUCCCUGGGGCUGAAUCGGAUGUUGUUGGAGAAGGCGAGUCGAGUGCAGCGUGCUCGUGCGCAGCCCCUCGUGCUGUGGACGUUUUUGGUGGGAACGACGCUGCCGAUGGUGCGCACGGUGUUUCUGGCCUUCACGACGGGACACGUAUUGCUGUGGCUGGCGCUCUGGGGUUUCGGUCUCGAACGCCGAGCAGCCUGGCUCGCUCUUCCCGCGACCGCGCUGCUGCUCUGGGCCCUGGACGACGCCACGCUCGCCGCUAAUGACGUUCCCCUCCACUCUCUCGCGCCCGAAACAGUGGGCACCCGCACCUGGGCCAACGGUCUGGCGACCAAUAGUAUGGCCUCCGUUUUGACGAGCAACUCUUUGCCUGGUUGGGUGGUGGAGUUGAACUACCACCGAUUCCGUCGACGCGGAUUGCAGGCGGUCCAGUUGGUCGUGUUGGCGGCGAGUGCCGGCGCACUGGCUUUCGUGCAUGUGUGGAGCCGUUGGCGAGUCCAUUGGCGCUUCCUGCUCGCGGUGCUGCUCCUGCACAAGGCCGUGUGGCCGGCCGUGCGCUUCUUUCAUACACUCGCCGUCCUCCACGGCUACCGCCUCGGCCAACAAGCCGCCUUCCGCCACGCCGUUAACGCCUUCGGACCCAUUCGCUUCGCCGCGCCACCAUUGCCCUGUGCUGCCCGCACCCACCCUCACAUCCCCCACACAUCCCACGUCCCCACACCCCACACAUCCCACGUCCACACCGACUGGGACGCACGCAGCGAACCCGCACACGAACCGACUGACCCCCAACUCAAUUUUGUCGCCAGUCUCUACUCACUAACCUGCACCAAUGCCUUAGUAGCUUAG